CGAGAUUUAUUCUUCUCUGGCGCGUGCACUGCUGAAAGUCCAUUAAAACUGUGCCAUUGUCAAUGUCAGUCGAACUUGGAAGUUCAUGCACUCGAACUGCACUUGUUCUCCCUUCACUGUCGUCUCUGAGCUUGCCUCUGGGUCGCGGUGAUCAACACUUUGUCUUCCACCGCGCAAUCGACUAGAUCGUGUUUAUCUAAGACUGCGGUGACGGAAUGGCUCGUGCCGUGAAGUACGUGAUUAUCUGUUCUCUGAUUAUUGUGUCACAAGCGGAUGAGCCAAAGUAUCGCAAGGAAACCAUCCGAAAGCUGCAGGAGCAGUUUCUGGAGAGCGUUAGCAUCUACUUCUACAGUCCUUUCAUGAGAAAUGAGACGAGAAUCCAUCCGGAAGAUCCCCUGCCGAUUGGCUUCAACAGCAGUCUUCCGCUGAAAGUGGUCAUUCACGGAUGGAUGGGCAACAAGAACCACAUAACGAUUGAUCCGGUGAAGAACGCCUAUCGCGCGCUCUCCUGCUGCAACAUCGUCACAGUGAAUUGGGAGGAAGGCGCUCGACAGAGUUACGAUGUGUCCAGAUAUAUGGUGGAUAUUGUGGGCAAGAGAGUCGGAGAAUUGCUACAAAAUUUUGUUGAGAAAAUGAAUGUUUUGCCGGGAAAUAUUCACAUCCUGGGACACAGUUUGGGAGCUCACAUUGCUGGAAACAUCGGGAAACACUUCAAUGGCACUAUAGGCAGGAUAUCAGCUCUUGAUCCUGCAGGACCACUCUUUCGUAGGAACUCCACGGACGCCUGCACGCGCAAUGAUGCCCAAUUUGUGGACGCAAUUCACACAGAUGUGGGCAUUCUUGGGGAGAAGAAUCAGCGUGGUCAUGUGGAUUUCUAUCCAAAUCGAGGAUUUCCUCCUCAGCCAGGAUGCUAUCUUCUGGACAUCCUGACCUUCUCCACUUGUAGUCACUUGAGAGCUCCUCUUCUCUAUGCAGAAUCCAUUCUUCUGCCUGAACAGUUCCUUUCGGUGGAAUGCCAGAUUUCUGAGCUCUUCAACUCCAUCAGGAAGUGUCGGCCAAAGAACAACCUCCUGAGCAAUGAGCAGAGGCCAAUGAUCUUCAUGGGUGAAGCUGUGCCGAGAAAUGUCACUGGCGUUUUCUAUCUGGAAACCAACAAUGCUGCGCCGUACGGAAAGGGAAAACAUCUCUUCGUGUAGAUAUUUCCGCAUAUGGGUUAUUAAUCCAUCGAUUAAGAGCA